CGGAUGCGGAGGGAGGUUGAAGUGACGAAUGAGAGGGACGAGCUGACAGGCGCUCGCGCGGUCCCGAGGACGCUCGUGGGGAAAAGAAGAAGCGUUUGCUGCAUUUCCUGCUCGUUUAGUAUUUUUUAAUUGGCACGUAAAAACAGCGGCGACCCGUGCAUGCACGAGCCAGGCAGGCGAGGGGAGGGCGCGCGCGGGCACGCAGACGCCGUUUUACUCACCGACUGGAGCGAGCGGUCCUCUUGUGCGCGCGCCCGCGUUCCCCCGGCUCGCUGCUUGCGCCGAGAACAUGGAACGUUUUAAUUAGUGCACGCGCGCGCUCUCCUGCGUCUGUGUGAGUGUGCGUGCGUGUGCGCGCGCCGUGAAUGCUGUGUGCGUGCGCGCGCGCGCGUGUGUGUGUGUGUGUGUGUACCUACGUUCAUGUGUCUCUCGUGCACCCCCUCCAUCCAUCCACCCCUGAGUAUUCUGAGUGUUCUUUUGUUUUGAGGGCUGAUGACUUUUAAUGUGCCGUUUGGGAACAGAACCGGAUUCUUUUGGUGCGAUCAUAAGUGGAGUGUUCUUAUUCGGAUUCGUUUUCCUUGGAUAUAAUCGAAGUGGAGCUGCACGCGGACGAGAAGAGUCCUCCGACCAGAGGCAAAUUAUGCCAGCAGCACCAGUGUUCCUGUUUCUGGUGAUCUGCCAGGCUGUUGGUGAUACUGACACGCCCCGGCGCCCCUGUUCCUGCCCUCGUCUCCGUCCUUCUGCCCUCUCCUCUGGGAGGCCCGUGCUGGUGGAUGUUCCGCUCCGGCCCACACCGGCACCAUGAGCGCCAACGGCCCUGCACCGCCCACAGCCCCGCCUGCUGCAGCGCCCACCACCCCGGCGGCCCCGCCCCCGUCGUCGGUGGUGCCGGUGGGCUCCUUGGCGCAGAAGAAGAGGCAGCAGUAUGCCAAGAGCAAGAAGCAGGGCAGCUCGGCGAACACUCGGCCUCAGAGAGCCCUGUUCUGCCUCAAUCUCAACAACCCUAUUCGCCGGGCCUGCAUCAGCCUCGUGGAGUGGAAGCCAUUUGAUAUCUUUAUAUUAAUUGCUAUUUUUGCCAAUUGCAUGGCCUUAGCUGUCUACAUCCCCUUUCCUGAGGAUGACUCAAACUCAACCAACCACGACCUGGAAACAGUUGAAUAUGCCUUUCUCAUCAUUUUCACAAUUGAGACCUUCCUGAAGAUCAUAGCGUACGGAUUAGUUAUGCACCAAAACGCGUAUGUCAGGAACGGCUGGAAUAUGCUGGAUUUUGUCAUUGUCGUCAUUGGAUUGUUCAGUGUUGUCCUGGAAGUUUUGACCAAAGAUGGGGGUCAGGAGGAUGAGGGCGUUGAGAUCCCCCUCGCCGCAGCCACACACGCCCACGGGGGUAAACCAGGAGGUUUUGACGUUAAAGCGCUGCGAGCUUUCAGAGUCCUGCGACCCCUCCGCCUGGUCUCGGGAGUGCCCAGUUUGCAAGUGGUGUUGAACUCCAUUAUUAAAGCCAUGGUCCCCCUGCUCCACAUCGCCCUGCUGGUCCUUUUUGUUAUCAUCAUCUACGCCAUCAUCGGCCUUGAGCUCUUCAUUGGGAAAAUGCACGCUACCUGCUUCCUUGUCGGCUCAGAAAUGAUAUCGGAGGAUGAACCUGCACCAUGUGCUGUCAACGGUCAUGGUCGCACGUGUACCAUUAAUGGUACAGAGUGCAGGGAGGGCUGGCACGGGCCUAACGGCGGCAUUACCAACUUCGACAACUUCAUGUUCGCCAUGUUGACGGUGUUCCAGUGCAUCACUAUGGAGGGCUGGACAGAUGUGCUGUACUGGAUGAAUGAUGCGAUGGGGAUGGAGCUGCCCUGGGUCUACUUUGUCAGCUUGGUGAUCUUCGGCUCUUUCUUCGUUCUGAACCUUGUUCUGGGUGUUUUGAGCGGAGAGUUCUCUAAAGAGAGGGAAAAGGCGAAAGCUCGAGGAGAUUUCCAGAAGCUUCGGGAGAAGCAGCAGCUGGAGGAGGAUCUGAAAGGCUACCUGGACUGGAUCACUCAGGCGGAGGACAUUGACCCUGAUAAUGAGGAGGAAGAAGAAGACAGCAAGCGAAAUCGGGUCACUCUGGCUGACCUCAUGGACAAGAAGAAGAAAGGAUUUAGCUUUUUCAGUCAGUCCUCUGAAACUCACGCGAGUGUUCCAGCUAGUGAAACGGAAUCUGUGAACACGGAGAACGAGAAGGGAGAAGACGAGAAAGCAACAUGCUGUGGCCCCCUGUGUCAAAAAAUCUCCAAAUCAAAGUUCAGUCGGCGCUGGCGUCGCUGGAACAGGUUCUGCCGCAGGAAGUGCCGCUUGGCCGUGAAAUCGGUGCCGUUCUAUUGGCUGGUGAUCAUUCUGGUGUUCCUCAAUACUCUGACCAUCUCAUCAGAGCACUAUAAUCAACCUAUGUGGCUCACACAAGUACAGGACGUAGCAAAUAAGGUGCUGCUUGCCCUGUUCACGUGCGAGAUGCUGGUGAAAAUGUACAGUCUCGGUCUUCAGGCCUACUUUGUGUCACUUUUUAACCGUUUCGACUGUUUUGUCGUAUGCGGCGGGAUCACGGAGACGAUCCUAGUGGAACUGGAAAUCAUGUCUCCACUAGGCAUCUCUGUGUUCCGCUGUGUACGACUCCUUAGGAUCUUUAAAGUUACACGACACUGGGCGUCUCUCAGUAAUCUGGUGGCGUCUCUGUUGAACUCCAUGAAGUCCAUCGCUUCCCUGCUGCUCCUGCUCUUCCUCUUCAUCAUCAUCUUCAGUCUGCUCGGGAUGCAGGUGUUCGGUGGCAAGUUUAACUUUGAUGAGACGCAAACCAAGAGGAGCACCUUCGACAACUUUCCCCAAGCCCUGCUGACGGUGUUUCAGAUUUUAACAGGUGAAGACUGGAAUGUGGUUAUGUAUGACGGCAUCAUGGCGUACGGCGGUCCUUCAUCAUCAGGAAUGAUUGUGUGCAUAUACUUCAUCAUCCUCUUCAUCUGCGGAAACUAUAUCCUGCUGAAUGUCUUCUUGGCUAUCGCUGUGGACAACCUGGCAGAUGCCGAGUCUCUCAACACGGACCCUGAUGACAAGAAAAAAGAUGAUGAGAAGAUUGAAGAGGAUGAGAAGCUUCCUGAGGAAGAUGAGAAGGACACUGCAGGUGAAGAGGAGGAAGAUGAGCCAGAGGUUCCGUCCGGGCCCCGCCCUGCUAUCUCUGAGCUGGUGAAGAAAGAGAAGAUCACCCCCAUUCCUGAGGGCAGUGCGUUCUUCAUCUUCAGCAACACCAAUCCGAUUCGUGUGGCGUGCCACAAGCUGAUAAACCAUCACAUCUUCACUAAUCUCAUCCUCGUCUUCAUCAUGCUCAGCUCCGCCUCCCUUGCUGCCGAGGAUCCAAUCAGAAACUUCUCUGCCCGCAACAUCGUCCUAGGCUAUGCAGAUUAUGUCUUCACUAGUAUGUUUACGUUUGAGAUCGUUUUGAAGAUGACAACAUAUGGAGCAUUUCUCCACAAGGGGGCGUUCUGCAGGAACUACUUCAAUCUGCUGGACCUGCUGGUGGUGGGCGUAUCUUUGGUGUCCUUUGGAAUUCAAUCUUCAGCUAUCUCUGUGGUGAAGAUUCUCCGUGUGCUGAGAGUGUUGAGGCCUCUCAGAGCUAUUAACAGAGCCAAAGGACUGAAGCAUGUGGUCCAGUGUGUGUUCGUGGCCAUCAGAACCAUCGGCAACAUUAUGAUCGUCACCACGCUGCUGCAGUUCAUGUUCGCCUGUAUUGGAGUUCAGCUCUUUAAGGGGAAGUUUUACCGCUGUAAUGAUGAGGCCAAAUCAAGCCCAGAAGAGUGCAAGGGCACAUACAUCCUGUACAAAGAUGGAGACGUGAACCAGCCCACCCUUCAGAAACGCCACUGGCACAACAGCGACUUCAACUUUGAUAAUGUGCUGAUGGCCAUGAUGGCGCUCUUCACCGUGUCCACGUUCGAGGGCUGGCCAGCGCUGCUCUACAAGGCCAUUGAUUCAAACAAGGAGAACUUUGGACCCAUCUACAACUACCGCGUGGAAAUCUCCAUCUUCUUCAUCAUCUACAUCAUCAUCAUCGCCUUCUUCAUGAUGAACAUCUUCGUGGGUUUCGUCAUCGUGACCUUUCAGGAGCAGGGAGAGAAAGAGUACAAGAACUGUGAGCUGGACAAGAAUCAGCGGCAGUGUGUGGAGUACGCGCUGAAAGCCCGGCCUCUGAGGCGGUACAUCCCCAAAAACCCCUAUCAGUACAAGUUCUGGUACGUGGUGAACUCCACCGGCUUCGAGUACAUCAUGUUCGUCCUCAUCAUGCUCAACACGCUCUGCCUGGCAGUGCAGCACUACGGGCAGUCUCAGACGUUUAACUACGUGAUGGACAUUUUGAACAUGGCCUUCACUGCAGUCUUUACAGUGGAAAUGGUUCUCAAACUGAUCGCCUUCAAACCCAGGCAUUAUUUCACUGAUGCUUGGAACACGUUUGAUGCCUUAAUUGUAGUUGGUAGCGUCGUAGAUAUUGCUAUCACUGAAGUCAAUAACACAGAGGACAGUGCUCGCAUCUCCAUCACAUUCUUCCGGCUGUUCCGAGUGAUGCGAUUGGUCAAGCUGCUCAGCAGGGGGGAGGGCAUUCGUACCCUCCUGUGGACCUUCAUCAAGUCCUUCCAGGCUUUACCGUAUGUUGCUCUGCUGAUCGCCAUGCUGUUCUUCAUCUACGCCGUCAUCGGCAUGCAGAUAUUUGGAAAGGUUGCCAUGGUGGAUGGUACUCAAAUCAACAGAAACAACAACUUCCAGACAUUUCCCCAAGCUGUGCUCCUGCUUUUCAGGUGUGCCACCGGCGAGGCGUGGCAGGAGAUAAUGCUGGCAUGUAUGGCGGGUAAACUCUGUGACCCAGAGUCCGACUACAACCCCGGAGAGGAGAUGACCUGCGGCAGCAGCUUCGCAAUCGUCUACUUCAUCACGUUCUACAUGCUCUGUGCUUUCCUGAUUAUUAACUUGUUUGUGGCUGUCAUCAUGGACAACUUUGACUAUCUUACCCGUGAUUGGUCAAUUUUGGGCCCUCAUCACCUUGAUGAGUUUAAGAGGAUAUGGUCUGAAUACGAUCCAGAGGCUAAAGGGAGAAUAAAGCAUUUAGAUGUGGUGACUCUCCUGCGGCGGAUUCAGCCUCCUCUGGGUUUUGGGAAACUGUGUCCGCACAGAGUAGCGUGCAAGCGGUUAGUGGCUAUGAACAUGCCUCUCAACAGUGACGGAACCGUCAUGUUCAAUGCCACUCUGUUUGCAUUGGUGAGAACUGCUCUGAAGAUCAAGACAGAAGGUAAUCUGGAGCAGGCUAAUGAGGAGCUGCGUGCCGUCAUCAAGAAAAUCUGGAAGAGGACCAGCAUGAAGCUGCUUGACCAAGUAGUGCCUCCUGCUGGCGAUGAUGAGGUAACCGUGGGGAAGUUCUAUGCCACCUUCCUGAUACAGGACUACUUUAGGAAAUUCAAGAAACGUAAAGAGGAGGGCCUGGUCGGAGUGCAUCCCGCACAGAACAACACUGCCAUUGCACUGCAGGCUGGUCUCCGUACGCUGCAUGAUAUUGGGCCUGAAAUCCGCCGUGCCAUAUCAUGUGACCUCCAGGAUGAGGAGCUAGUAGACUUUAUGCCUGAGGAAGACGAGGAGAUUUAUAGGCGAAACGGCGGCCUUUUCGGCAAUCACAUGAACCACAUCAAUGGAGACCACCGGCGAGGUUCUGGCCAUCAGACUAACGCCACCCAGCGCCCCCUACAGGUCCAUCCACCCCCGCACUACGCCCACAUGGAGCAGCCCGUGGGUCGACUGGGCCGAGCUAACGCCAUGGCCCACCAUAACCAUCAUCACCACCACCAUCACCAUCACCGCAAUUCCUACGGCAAGUCUCCCAACUCCACCAACAUCAACCUCAACAACGCUAACGUCUCCAGCCUUUCCAACGGGGGCCACAACCGCUACUACCAGCACAUGCCGGCGAACGGAUACGCGGGAUCGUACUACCCCGCCGAGUACGAGAAGCCAAGGACGCCUCACGGACAAAGAAGGCGCUACUAUGAGACCUAUAUUAGGUCACAAGGCAGCGACAGACGCCGCCCUACCAUCCGCCGCGAAGAGGAGUAUGAUGAAGAUCGCUACUCUGGGGAGUAUUACAGCGGAGAGGAGUUCUACGAAGAGGACAGCAUGCUGUCAGGGGAAAGGUACCCCAACAGUGAUCAGGAGUACGAGACUCCCCGCGGGUACCACCAUCCCGACAGUUACUAUGACGACGAUGAGCAGCUCCUUUACCACGACUCUCACAGAUCACCAAAGAGACGGCUGCUCCCUCCGACUCCUCAAGGCCACCGAAGGCCCUCCUUCAACUUUGAGUGUCUGCGCAGACAGAGCAGCCAAGAUGAUCUUCCUCACCAACGAACUGCUCUUCCACUGCAUCUAAUGCAGCAUCAGGUGAUGGCAGUAGCAGGGCUGGACUCAAGCAGAGCCCACAGACUCUCGCCUACUCGCUCCACCCGCUCGUGGGCCACUCCCCCGGCCACACCGGCCAGCAAAGACCGGACCCCUUACUACACACCCCUUAUCCGAGUGGACCGCCCACUCAGGGACAGCGCCAGCAGCAGCCGCUCCUCGGUACGGAAAAGCUCGUGGUACGAUCCGGAAUACCAGCAGGGCAACUUCUCACCUGUGCACCUGCAGAUUCCACCUGAGUACCGGAACCAGUACCACCAGAAGAGGGGCAGCGCUACCAGCCUGGUGGAGGCGGUUCUGAUAUCAGAAGGACUGGGUAGAUACGCUAAGGACCCAAAGUUCGUGGCAGCCACGAAGCACGAGAUCGCGGACGCCUGUGACAUGACCAUUGACGAGAUGGAGAGCGCCGCCAGCCACCUGCUGAACGGCGGGGUCUCGCCUCCUGUCAACGGGGUCAAUGUUUUCCCCGUCCUGAGUCACAGAGACUACGACAUGCAGGACGUUUCGGCCAGCUACAGCGACGAGGAGCCGGAACUGGAACCUCGGCCUCAGUACGAGGAGGACCUGGCGGACGAGAUGAUAUGCAUCACCACGUUAUAGCGUUUGGUUAUCAGCUAAUGCUGAACUGCGGGAGUGUUCUUUAAAUAAAAGAAAACAAACACAAACAAACAUGAACAUGAACAUGAAAUGCAUCUAUUGGCUUAUAACCAAAAGAAGUGCCUUUACAGUGCGAGAGAAAGGCACCUGGAGUGAGGACGCUGAGACACUGGCCCCGCCCACUUGCUUCCUAUUGCCGCCAAGGGGCCAGGGAGGAGUCACGUUGCCAGGCGACAGUGUUUCCUGUUUCCCUCUGUCAGACUGACCGCUGAUGAUGUUGAGGAUGGUAAUGAGGAUGGUGGAGGUACUUUGGGAAGCUGUAGAUCUGAAGAUUGUCCCUGAUUUGGUGAUGAUUGAUGAAUUAUAAUGCUGAACUGUGAGUGGCUGCCUGUGCUGCUGUCACUGCAGGCCAUGGACCAAUGAGAAUUUGAGAAUCUGAGAAUUGAAGAAGUUGAGAGUUGAGGUGUGCUGCUGGAAGUGUGGGAUGCAGAGCGGGUGGGUGCGGGGAUUUUUCCAAGGUGAUGACAAUCAGAUCGAAGAUGUCAUUACCUCAGUCACUUUAUUAAGGGUUUUUGCAUAUCAAGCACGUUUUCAAUGCAAGCUAAGUAAGGCAUAUCUCCCCCUAGAGGCUUUAGUUUGUACUGCACCCCUCGUACAUUAAUGAAUUCAUUCAGCAGAGGAUGAUGAAGAUUGCAGAUCGUUAAUUAGGUAGGUAAUUAACACCAAUAAGACCACGCUGGUUUACGAUGAAUAUCACAACUUAUUAUUAUUAUUACUAUUGACUUAAUAUUGCAUUAUCAGUCUGGAGAUACUUUUUUCGAGACGAUUUCGAGCAGCAUUUGUUUUGAAUGCACUAGCAGGCAGGUUAUUUUUUAACUCUAGGGUAGCCUGUUUGGGCUUUCAUAAUUACUAUGCUGUACAUUUAUUGUAAUAUAAAAGAAGAAGAGAAUAACUUUGUAAAGAGACGUUAUAUAUUUUGUAAUUAUGUACCGUAGGAAAAAAAAACUGAAAGAAAUCAGCAAUAUUGAUCCUAAUUGAUGUUACGGUAUUAUGGAGACAAAAAAUAGGAUAUGUGUGACUUUAUUAGAUACUGGACUCUACUAUGAUUUCUUUGCCUUUUUUUAAUUUGUUGCUCAUAUGCAUUCUGAACAGGUCUGUGGAAAAAAAGCAGCCCUUUUAUAUGAGAGGUUAUGUCUGUGACACACCCGCACAAGAUAUGCAAAUUGUUUUUAUGUUUUCUCUUUUUCUGUGUGCGCGUGUGUGUGUGUGGACUGUGUGUGUGUAUGACUGGUUCUUAAGUGUAAAUGUUAAGGCAUCAUUAGCCGUUCCCUGGAAUCCCCAGCAUGCAGUUUGGGAUUAGGAAGUGUGAUCUGCGCUGCUGGUCACUCUGGUAGGGCUUGUCUGGUAGGGAUCUGUCUGUUGUUACUCGUCUUUGUUUGUGUUACUGUGUACUGUAACGGGUCUGUCGGAGGGUUCGCUCCCCGUGUGUGGUGGUGUAUUUUUGUGCAGAGGAGGUGCACAGGAGGGUUCAACGUUAAAUGCUUCAUGCAUUGACAAUGCUGCUUAUAUAGUGCGUAUUCGUCAAACUGCCAGAUGCAAGCUGUUUGACGCUGGAGACGCUGGCACACACAUCCCAGUGAUUAACCUUAACAGCCGCUGUGAGGAACACGGAGCUGUUCUCAGAUCAGUGGGUAACUCGUACCAACAUUGUUGGAGUCUUUUUCCCUUUAGUAGUAUGAAUUGAAGCACCCUGUGCUCUGAUUGAUAAAGAACAGUGCAUUGAAUUUACUUGAUUUCCGAUUCUCGUUUUGGAUCGUUUCUCAUUGGUUUAAUCAGCAGGACGUGUCGCAGCUGUUUUAACAAAAUGAGAAUGAUAUUUAUUUAGAACAGGACAUUUAUUGCCAAACGUCAACUGGAGGAUGUAUUUGUGUUGGGGUAAAUUGAGUGAACUCAAUGCAGUAAUAGUGCAGAGUCCCUAAGGGUGGCACUAGGUAGUGUUUUAGUGUUACAGUACAGUCAGCAUGCUGCAGCUUAACAAGCAGGGCUAGAGAGCGGCUAAGCAAUACUAAUUAACCCUUCUCUCUUUCUCUUUAUCUCUCUCUAUUUGUUUCUCUCUCUUAUUCUGUCUCUCUCUUUCUCUCUAUAUCAGGUUUUCCAUCCACCAUUUUUACACUUUUUAAAAAAGUGCAUUAAAAUACGAAUGCGAAAAAGCUAAUUAUUGGAAAAAACACCCAAAUAUCAUACAAGGAUUGUUAUGCCAGAAACCAAAAACUAAUUAAAUAUCAUUACUACCCUAGACUCCUCUACACUACCUUACACUACCCUUUCUAUACUUCCCAAUACUCCUUAUAAUACCCUAUACUACCCAUUACUAACCUUCUUAUACCUUCAUAUAAUACCAUUUAUUGACCUAUAUAAAUGAUUACCUCUAUACUCCCUAUAAAACCUUGUAGUACUACCCUAUAUACCCUAUAGUUCCUGUACUGCCCUAUACUCCCUUAUACUGCCCUUUAUUCCCUUAUACAAUCCUAUACUACCUUAUAUUUCCCUAUACUCCCUUAUACUACCCUAUACUACCUUGUACUGCCCUAUACUCCCAUAUACUGCCCUAUAUUCCCUUAUACAAUCCUAUACUACCUUAUAUUGCCCUAUACUCCUUUAUACUGCCCUAUAUUCCCUUAUACAACCCUAUACUACCUAAUACUCCCCUAAACUCCCUUAUACUGCCCUACACUCUGUAUAAUAUCCUGUACUACCCUAUUUACCCUAUUGUUCCCGGGACUGCCCUAUACUCCCUUAUACUGCCCUAUAAUUCCCUUAUACAACCCUAUACUACCUUCUAUUGCCCUAUACUCCCUUAUACUGCCCUAUACUCCCUUAUACUGCCCUAUACUCCCUAUCCUGCAAGCUCUCUAUACAGUUCUCUAUAUACUCUCAAAAUUUCUCAAUUGCUCAAAACUGUUGUGAAACGUUUGGAUGGAAACCUGUCUUAAGUCUACCUGUCUAUCUCUUUAUGGCUGCGUCUCUAGCUGCUGCAUAUAUACCUCCAUCAGUGCAGGGGAAACCAUAUCAGAGUCUGAUCCAUUAUUUUAUCCCAUUUAAAGGGUUCAAAUGUGAGGAUUUUUUAUUUCUUUUUUUCCUCCCUUUAAGAAGAGUAAGGGGGUCAUGUCACUUCCAACAGACAAAAAACAAAGAAAAUGUUGAAAAAAGCAUGACUGCAGAGGCACUGCCUUGAAGCGCCGAGCUUCAGCACAGAUUAAACCUGGGAAAAAAGGGAAUUUUAGGGAUUUGUAGUUCUCGUGUGACUGAUUUAUGGAGUUGUUGAGUGAGUUCUGUGCUUUCAGUCAACCGAACACUGUCACGAAAAAAAAAAAAAAAAAAAAAGCGAAACGUGGGUUUAACCACUGCGUGUGCACAUCUGAAAGGGCUCUGAAAUGUUUUGUGAGAAAAAAGAAUCUCUAUAUAUAGUGUUCUGGUCUUUAUGUGAGUAUAUCUUGUAAAAGAGGACCAAUGCGCAUUCUAGGCACAUUGUACUAUUCGUAGCAACUACUCGUAAGAAAAGUAAUAUAUGCAUUAUUUUUAAAAAAAAGUUUUCAAAAAAAUCCAACUAAAGAUUAAUCUAACUUACUUUUACCUCAUGUCAGGGACUCCUGAAUAAAAAGAAAUAAAAAUAUAUAAUAGAUAUAUAUUUGGUUCAUUCUAUACCAAUGGGAUUUACAUAUUAGCACAUGGCUGUUGGUCUUUGCACAAAUGACUGUCCGUGCUUUUGGGUUUCUCCUGUUUUUCUAUUCAGAGUUUUGUGUAUUAAGGUGAGCGAAUUUUGUACUUUUUUCUGUGACUGUGUGUAUGGUUUAGUGAAAUCUAUAUUUGUCAUUUAACAUCUCACCUUUAAAUGCUGGGACAACAAGAAAGAGGAGAAAAGACAAAAAAGGUGCACCUCUCUGUAUUUAAACAUGGUAACGGGUUUAAAACAUUCUUAAGGUUAUUUACAAGUUUACAAAAGAAUCGUCUGUUGAUUUAAACAUUUUCAUCAUUUUUCAUUCUAGAAUUAUUAACUCUUACUUCUGCUAUUCUAAUUAUUCCUAUUGUUAUUAAUGCUGUAAGGAAAUAUAAGAUUACCAUGUAUAUUAUGUACAAAUAUAUUGGAAAGAUGCGUGAUAAUGUUCUCUACUUGAAAGUCCUGAUUUUUGCUCUGUAAUGGUUUUUAUUCAGUAAAAAUGAUUUUCUCUUC